AUGCGAGGCUGGGCUGGCCCCGGCAGGACUGAGCACGGCCCGGCCGCCCGGGACAUCCCUGCGGGGCAGGACAGGAGCGGGAGGCUGCGCCGGGGCGCGGAGGAGGACUCCAAGUCGGUGCAGCAGUACGUGCCGGGGCACCGACCCCUCGGAGCGGCAGCCGGGGCUCCCCGGCAGCCGGGGGUCCCCACGGACAGGGACAGCGACAGGGACAGCGACAGGGACAGCGACAGGGCAGAGCCCCGGGCCAACCUCACCACCGUGCCCGACAGGCGGCUGCAGAUCCACAACCCGCUGUACCCGGUGACCGAGAGCUCCUACAGCGCCUACGCCGUCAUGUUCCUGUCCCUCAUCGUCUUCACGGUGGGCAUCAUCGGCAACCUGUCCGUCAUGUGCAUCGUGUGGCACAACUACUACAUGAAGAGUGCCUGGAACUCCAUCCUGGCCAGCCUGGCUUUCUGGGACUUCCUCAUCCUCUUCUUCUGCCUGCCCGUGGUCAUCUUCAACGAGAUCACCAAGAAGCGGCUGCUGGGGGACGUGUCCUGUCGCAUUGUGCCCUUCAUGGAGGUGUCGUCCCUGGGAGUCACCACCUUCAGCCUCUGCGCCCUGGGCAUCGACAGGUUCCACGCGGCCACCAGCCCGCAGGCCAGCGCGCGGCCCAUCGAGCAGUGCCAGUCCAUCAUCGCCAAGCUGGCCGUGGUCUGGCUGGGCUCCAUGACGCUGGCGGUGCCGGAGCUGCUGCUCUGGCAGCUGGCGCGGGACACGUCGCCCGUGUCCGGCCUGGUGACCGAGUACUGCGCCAUGAGGCCCUGGUCCCGCCUGCCCGAGUCCAUCUACUCGCUGGUGCUGACCUACCAGAACGCCCGCAUGUGGUGGUACUUCGGCUGCUACUUCUGCCUGCCCGUGCUGUUCACCGUCAGCUGCCAGCUGGUGACGCGGCGCGUCCGCGGCCCCGACAAGAAGAGCGAGUGCCGGGGCGGCAAGCACGGCCGGGGCGAGGGGCACCUCAACUGCACCAUCAUCGCCCUGACCGCCAUCUACGGGCUCUGCAGCACCCCCGAGAACGUCUGCAACCUCGUGGCCGCCUACAUGUCCCCCGACAUGUCCAAGCAGACCUUGGAUCUGCUCAACCUCAUCAAUCAGUUCUUCCUGUUCUUCAAGUGCUCGGUGACGCCCGUGCUGCUCCUGUGCCUCUGCCGUCCCCUGGGCCAGGCCUUCAUGGACUGCUGCUGCUGCUGCUGCGAGGGCUGCGGCCCUGACGGCACCUCCAGCGAGAGCAGCGCCGACAGCAAGCUCAAAACAGAGAUGUCCUCCUCCAUCUUCUUCGACAAGCCCCGGGAGACUCCCCCACCCCUGCUGGGCCUCGGCACCCCAUGCUAAGCGCCCCUGGGGAGCUGUAGCGAGCGUUUCACCACCUCCUCCCAAGACCAAACGUCGUUUUGCCGUUAGUACUCGUGUCUGGACGUGGAACAAGCAGAGACAGCUCGGGGGGCUGCGCCGUGGGCUUCUAACCCAGCAUUGGGCAGGUGGGGCUUGAAAUCCCAGUCCCUGUGGUACACUGGUGACCCUCCUGCCUCUGCCCAAGGGUCAGCGAGGACAGCAGCUCUCUCCUGUCCUGGCUGGGCUCCAUGGGGCUGCUGCUCUGGGGAUGGCAUUGUGCUGGGAAGGUCUUACCUGAAAGCACAGAGGCUGGCCACGAUGGCUCACAGAGGACACAGCAAACACAAACUGCCCUCUCCCUGUCCCCUCCCCUCCUGCCAGCCCCUCCACAAGAGGAGAAGGUCCAACUGGCCAUACCCACGGAUUGAAGCCGUGCCCUGUAUGAGCUCAAUAAACCAGUAACCUAGAGCACGUCGUGCUUGCAGCCGCUGGCACUGCUGGGCUGAGCCCUGGGAGCCCCUUGGAAUGCUCUUCCC